AUGAAGUUGAACAUUUCAUAUCCAGCAAAUGGUACUCAAAAAUCAAUCGAUAUCGAUGAUGAACACAAAUUAAGAGUCUUUUACGAAAAAAGAAUGGGCCAAGAAGUCGAAGGUGACUCUGUUGGUGAUGAGUUCAAAGGAUACAUUUUCAAAAUCACUGGAGGUAACGAUAAACAAGGUUUCCCAAUGAAGCAAGGUGUAAUGCACCCAACUAGAGUUAGAUUAUUGUUGUCCAAGGGUCAUUCAUGUUAUAGACCAAGAAGAACCGGUGAACGUAAAAGAAAGUCAGUCAGAGGAUGCAUUGUUGCCCAAGACUUGUCUGUAUUAUCAUUAGCCAUUGUUAAACAAGGAGACUCUGAUAUUGAAGGAUUAACUGAUACAACUGUUCCAAAGAGAUUGGGACCAAAGAGAGCUAACCACAUUAGAAAAUUCUUUGGAUUAACUAAAGAAGACGAUGUUAGAGAUUACGUUGUUAGAAGAGAAAUUACCAAAGGUGACAAAACUUAUACUAAAGCACCAAAGAUUCAAAGAUUAGUUACUCCUCAAACCUUACAAAGAAAGAGAGCUUUGAAAGCACAAAAGGUUAAGAAUGCUCAACAUCAAAGAGAUGCUGCUGCUGAAUAUGCUCAAUUGUUGGCAAAAAGAUUGCAUGAAAGAAGAGAGGAGAAGGUCCAAAUCAAGAAGAAGAGAGCUGAAUCUGUUAAGAAUUAG